AUGAUAUGCGAUGAGGCUUUCAUAUCUUCGUCUUUGGAUAACAUGUCAGGCGAAAACGUCAGUUCCUGGCAUACUGACAUACAACCAGCAGUCCAGCAUCACAUCGACCUUAAGUCAAAAUUGUGGUCAAAAGAAAUUCAGUUGGAUGUUUGUGAUAGAUUUAGUCUUUCAACACUUCUUGAUUUUAUGAAUAUGAUUCGGAAUUUGUCGUCUACUCACAUAAAAAAUAAUCCUACAUCUGACUCACCAGUGGACCACACUUACUUGAGUCUCCCUUCCAGUGUUUGUUUGGACAAAACCUCACUGACAUUGCAUUAUCCUCUCAGUGAUUAUGGCUCUGUACACGAUAUUCUUUGUAAGAAAGAGGGAGGUUUGAACGAAAAACUGGUAUGCGCCAUUAUGGGCCGAGUAGUAUUGUGCCUUGACCAAUUGCAUAAUAGUGGUUUACUUCAUCGAGGUUUAUGUUCGAAACAUCUACUUUUCAAAAAAACGUUAGAUCCUAACUCAAAGUCUCAUAAAUUAAGUGUGGUUCUCUGCGGCUUGGGAAGUAUGGCACAGCUACCACCAUCCUGGAGUACUGUGGCGCGAAACGAUCUGCCCUUCCUUUAUGUUGCAUGGCGUGGUUGGAGGUUGCAUGAGUCGUCAGGGGGUGAAUCAUAUAGCCAUCCAGUAGCAUGGUACAGCCCGGAGUUAUUGGCACAGGAUUUUAAUGGAUAUUCGUGGUCUUCAGAUAUAUACAGUUUAGGUCUUAUUUUGUACGAAAUGUUCACUGGUCAACCGCCAUAUAUAGGAUGUCCUCCUUCUCUUAUAUUCCUGAAGAAAAUGCUCCAGCUAGAUUUCCCUCAACUUCACUAUAAUGAAACUAAUCCGCCCAGUGCUGAAAUGGAAGCAAUCUACAAAGCUUGUACGCAUUAUGAUCCAAAACAACGUCCAUCUACAAAAGAUUUACUCAAUAUGCCAUGGAUACAAAAUGGUUUAAACAUAGUUAUCACAACUAGCGAGUUAGAUUCCUUACGUUGA